UUUUACCUCCUUUUUUUCAACAAUGUCCAAACAGUCUUACAGAGUCUGUUUCUGUUUCCGGCGACGGUUCCGGGUACUCGCCGCCGAGGCUCCGGCAGAUGUGAAGAAUUUGUUCAAUCGGUACUCCGAUAAUGGAGUGAUGAGCGUGGAGAAUCUUCAUCGGUUUUUAAUUGAGGUUCAAAAGGAGGAAAACGCUACUUUAGAGGAUGCUCAUGCUAUUAUGAAUAAUCUUCAUGAUCUUAAGAUCCUCAAUAUUUUUCAUCGGAGAGGUCUUCAUCUUGAUGCGUUCUUCAAAUAUCUCUUUGCUGAUAUCAAUCCUCCUCUUAAUUCUAAGCUUGGGAUUCACCAAGAUAUGAAUGCGCCUUUGUCUCAUUACUUCAUAUACACAGGCCACAAUUCUUAUUUAACUGGGAAUCAGUUGAGUAGUGAUUGUAGUGAUGUCCCCAUAAUACAGGCCCUGCACAGAGGUGUAAGAGUGAUUGAAUUGGAUAUAUGGCCAAAUUCCGCUAAAGAUGAUGUGGAAGUUCUUCAUGGAGGAACGUUGACCACUCCAGUUGCGCUCAUCAAAUGUUUGAAGUCUAUCAAGGAACAUGCUUUUACUGUUUCUGAGUAUCCUGUAGUAAUAACACUUGAAGAUCAUCUAACUACAGAUCUUCAGGCAAAAACAGCAGAGAUGAUUACUCAAACAUUUGGAGAUAUGCUUUUUUCUUCCGAUUCAUGUUUGAAAGAGUUUCCAUCCCCAGAAUCACUGAAAAGACGUGUUCUGAUAUCAACUAAGCCACCCAAAGAGUACCUUCAGGCAAAGGAAGUUAAUGAAACAGGUGCAACGAAAGGAACGGAUCAAACUGAUACAGAAGCUUGGGGAAGGGAAGUUUCAGACAUUAAAGCCAGAUACAAUGAUAAGGAUGACUCUGAUGAAGGUGAAGCUGACGAUUCUGAUGAAGAAGAUCCCACCUCGCAGCAAAAUACAGCACCAGAAUACAAGCGUUUAAUUGCCAUUCAUGCUGGAAAGGGGAAAGGUGGACUGUCUGAUUGGCUGAGGGUUGAUCCUGAUAAAGUAAGACGACUUAGCUUGAGUGAGCAAGAACUUGGAAAGGCUGUAGUUACUCAUGGGAAAGAAAUUAUCAGGUUCACUCAGAGGAACAUUCUGAGAAUAUACCCAAAGGGCAUACGUUUUGACUCAUCCAAUUACAAUCCUUUCAACGCAUGGACACAUGGAGCUCAAAUGGUGGCAUUCAAUAUGCAGGGCUAUGGAAGAUCACUUUGGUUAAUGCAUGGUAUGUUCAGAGGCAAUGGUGGUUGUGGAUAUGUUAAGAAACCAGAUAUACUAUUGAAAGCAGGUCCCAACAAUGAGGUCUUCGAUCCUGAAGCAAAUUUGCCAGUCAAAACUACAUUGAAGGUCACCGUAUUUAUGGGUGAAGGGUGGUAUUAUGACUUCGAACACACACACUUUGAUGCAUACUCUCCUCCAGACUUCUACGCAAGGAUAGGAAUUGCUGGAGUAGAUGCUGAUAUUGUAAUGAAGAAAACAAAGACUCUUGAGGACAAUUGGAUACCAACUUGGGAUGAACAGUUUGAAUUCCCAUUAACAGUUCCUGAAUUGGCUCUACUCCGCGUGGAAGUUCAUGAGUAUGAUAUGUCUGAAAAAGAUGAUUUUGCUGGACAAACUUGUUUGCCUGUUUCAGAACUAAGACAAGGUAUCCGAGCAGUACCACUUCACAGCCGCAAGGGAGAGAAAUACAACUCUGUCAAGCUACUUUUGCGUUUCGAAUUUAUCUAAUUGUGAGUUUGUCUUGUCUUGUUUUGUUUUAUUCUGUUUGUGGAAAUAAGGAUUUUGCCAUGAUUUGCAAGCUUGCUUCUGUGUAUUUUGUGGUACGUUCUGUAUCUUUGUUGAUAUUAUGUGCCCAGAGAUGUAAAUAGGUUUGUGGUAAAAUGUGUGCAAAUAUUUUUUGUAAAAUCAUUCAAAUAUUAUGUAUUAUAUGCUAAGGUGUAAAUAUAUGUGUGUUUGG